CGCCGGCGUCGAGACGCUGACAUGGCCUCCGCGAAGGUGCUGGCUGUCUGCCUCGCCGUGGCCGCGGGCCUGUCCGGGGUGGUGUGCCCCUCGGGGAGGCUGGGCUGCCCCGCGGCUCCGGGGACCCUGCAGCCGGCCAGUCGGGUGGACACCGGCCGCCAGCUGUACCUGCUGCGCAGCGAGAUAGCGCGGUCGCGCACCACCCGGGUGCCUCCGCUCGACGCCUUCAUCGUCACCCGCCACGACGAGCACCAGAGCGAGGACGUGGCGGAGCGCGACAAGAGGAUCAGGUUCCUGACCGGCUUCUCGGGGAGCUACGGGCUGGCGGUGGUGACUCAGGAGCGGGCGGCCCUCUGGACGGACGGCCGCUACUUCCUGCAGGCGGAGGAGGAGCUGGACUGCCGGUGGGAGCUCAUGCGGGCGGGGCAGCCCGGCGUGCCCAGCGCCACCCGGUGGCUGGCCGGCGCGCUCCCGCCCGGCGCCCGCGUCGGCGCAGACCCCAGGCUGGUGCCCCACGCCACCUGGGGCGACUGGGCCCUGGAUCUGGCCAGAGCCAACAUCUCGCUGGUGGCGGUGGGCUCCAACCCUGUGGACCAGACGUGGACGGACGGCCGGCCGCUCUACGCCCCCCAGCCGGCGUUCGUGCACCACCUCAAGUACGCAGGGAAGGCGUGGGAGCAGAAGGUGGCGGACCUGCGGGCGGCCCUGGGCCAGCUGGGGGCGGAGGCCAUGGUGGUGACCGCCCUGGACGAGGUGGCCUGGCUGCUGAACGUGCGGGGGCGCGACCUGCCCUUCACGCCGGUGGUGCGGGCCUACCUGGUGGUGGGCCCCCUCAGCCUGCACCUGUUCACCAACCGCAGCAAGCUGCCCCAAGAGGUGCGCGACCACCUGCGCUCCCAGCACUGCCACAACGAGAACUGCGUGCGGCUGCAUCACUACGAGAACAUCACCACGGAGCUGAGCACCUUGUCGCAGGGCUGGGCCAGCGUGCUGAUCCCCGCCCAGGACUCCACCCUGGAGGGGGCCAGCCAGGCCGUCUUGGCUGCGGUGCGGCCGGAGAGGCGACUGCUGCUCGCCUCGCCCGUGCUCCUCAUGAAGGCCGUCAAGAACCCCGUGGAGCGCGCCGGCAUGAGGAGCGCGCACGUGCGAGACGCCGCGGCGCUCUGCGACUUCCUGGCGCUGCUGGAGCACGAGGUGUCUCGGGGCAAGCGCUGGACCGAGCUGGACGUGGCGAGGAACGUGGACAAGUCCCGGCUGCAGCAGGAGCUGUCCCGGGGGCUGAGCUUUGCCACCAUCGCGGGCUUCGGCCCCAACGGCGCGCUGCCGCACUACCGGCCCUCGGCGUCCACCAGCCAGGCGGUGGACCGGUCCAGCACGCUCGUGCUCGACUCGGGCGGCCAGUACUUCGACGGGACCACGGACGUGACGCGCACGCUGCACUACGGCGCGCCCACCGCCUUCCAGCGCGAGAUCUACACGCGCGUGCUGAAGGGCUCCGUGCAGAUGACGCGCGCCGUGUUCCCCGCGCUCCUGCCCAGCGCGAGCGUGGACGUGCUGGCGCGCGGCCCGCUGUGGCGGGUGGGCCUGGACUUCCGGCACGGCACGGGCCACGGCGUGGGCCACUUCCUGUCCGUGCACGAGCAUCCGAUAGAAGUCAUGUAUUCUAACUUGUACGAGCCGUUCCAAGAAGGAUACUUCUUCUCUAAUGAGCCCGGUUACUACGAAGAAGGAAAUUUCGGGGUACGUCUGGAGAACAUCCUGGAAGUGGUGAAUCAGUCGACUCCCUUCAGUUUCGAUGGUCCGUACUUGGGCUUCAAGACCGUCACGCUCGUUCCGUACGAGCCCAAACUGAUAGACGUCAGCAUGCUGAGCAAUGACGAAAUCCGCUGGCUGAACACCUACAACCGGCGGAUCAUGGACGAGGUGGGUGCGGAGCUGAAGCGACAGCGUCGCAUGGGCGCCUUCAGCUGGCUGCUGAAGAAGACCACCUACAUUCCCGAGCACGCCGUGCGGGCCGGCUGCGCGGGCCGCUGCCCGUCCCCCGCGGCGGUGGCAGCCCUGCUGUCGGUUUGUUGCUGGUGGCUCCUCAGCAACGACAAGUCUCGGUUGCUUUGAGCAAGAGUUUGCCGAGCCUGUCACCGGGCUGAGCGCGACAGUCGUCGCAGGAGCGAAGUGUCAUCACGGGCGACGAGCGCGGUCGACCGAACCAGGGUGCAGACUGGUACACCGUCUGCUGGUAACGCCAGCGUCACUGCCUCUUCAUCAUUCCACUGUCAUGUCGUCAUUAGGGACCGGAAAAAUUCGCGGGUUCAAUGACCUAGAGGAUGAACUCCACAAUUCUACGUACACUCGGUCAAAUGCCACCCACUCAUUGGCUGCUGUCUUGUGAGACGUCCCAACGUAGCAGCCUGUGAUUCGUAUAGAGCUUUGGUCGUGCGUUUCUCACUGGCCCAGAGUCAUCCAGGUGAGUUGCGAGCCAAUAGCAGAGGCAACACUGAGGUAUAACUAUCUGUAUUUUAGCCUAUCGCGAGAUGAAUUCGCGAAUUUUUCCGGUCUCUAGUCAUCAUGUCAUCACCUGGCGUUAGCACCGCCGAAGCAACUUGAGUGCGUUGUGAAAUGUAACUUUGACAUCCACCUUCAGUUCAGUUGUUCGCCUGCAAAAAUUAAUUAAUGUUUCGUGUUAUGUAUUAUAUAACAAACUUUGUGAAUUUCCUAAAUUGAAGAAAAAUUCAAUCUUACAAAACCGUUAUAAGAUCAGAAGAAUAGUUUUUUCUUAAUUACAUGAAUAUUUUUGUAGAUUGUUUUUUUAAUUUACUAUCUAUACAGUUAUUAAUACAUGUUCUGGCUUUUUUUUUUUUUAAUUAAUUAGGUAAAAUCUUGCAAAUACAACUUUUGUAUAAAUUAAGUUUAAAAUAUAUAUAUAUUAGUAGCGAUAUUUUCUAACUGUACCAUGCUAUGAUAAUCUAUGCUCAAAAUGAUUAUGCUUUUCCUCCUGCUUGUCUGACAUUGGUCAACAGACAUGUCAACCACAACUUUAUGUGUAGCUGUUCUUCAGGUCGUACGUAAUAAUGUACUUUAUCUUAUGAAGCUAAUGCAAUGAGUGUUAGAUCAUACCAUUAGUGAUGCUACCAGACAGCUUUAAACAAUGUUUUGUUUCUCAUUAUUAAAACAUUUUUUUGUAUGUUUACAUAGUGAAUCCUUAGCGCACUACCAGGGUAGUCGCAUUAGGAAAAAAUGAAACCAAGUGUUGCGAAGAAAUGUGUAUGUAAUUAACUUCGAUGGAUAUUUAUUAUGUUCAUAGUGUAAAUAACCCAUAUUUUUAUACCACUAUUUUAUUACUGUAUAAAAAAAAUAUGUGUAAAUUUUUUUGGCAGCUUAAUGCUAAUACCAUAUCGAAAGCAUCAAUAUUUCCCAAAUAAUCAAAUUUACUUGAUUCUAAGACACAAAUUUUUUGUUGUUUCUGGGAGCUCAGAAAAUGGGGUUCGUCUUAUAAUUGAUGAUAUUUUAUUUAUUCACUUUUAAGAAACAACCUAUUUAGAGAAUUUUAUAUAUUUCUAAAUGGGUUGCAGCUUACAAUACUGAUGAGUGCCUCAUUUUGUGUAAAUAUAAAUACAGCUGGUUAUUUAGCAAGAUGAUGGUUCAGGAUGUGACUCAAGGAACAGGGUAGCAUGUUGGUAAUCACACCAUUGCGAAAGUGAUGUGUCUGUGUUAAUUCACAGACACAGAGAACUUAACAUAUCAGAGUAUAACCUCUCCUUACUUAAGGUUGAAGCAGCUAAAUAAAUGCAAGGGUAACCGAACAGCCCAUUCAGAAAACCUGCUGGAUUGAUUGUGCCUUGUGGUUAGAAAAAUAUGUACUCGCAAGACGAGCACUAUCCUUUAAUAUUCACCUGUUACCACGCCAGUGUAGAAAUAACAAAUGACAUCACGAGAGAAAAAAAGACAAAAGAUUCAAGUUAAAAUCUGUUGCCAAUGCACUAACCAAAACUUUUCCUUUCCUGCUGUCUGUGGUGUAUAUUUUUUUAAACACUCUAGUAUAUACAGUUUAUGCCCCUUGACUAUUCACGCAAAUAGUUACAUAAAAUUAAUUAAGGUUGAGAAAUGAUUUCAAUCUGCAAACCAACAAGUAAAAUUUUUUUUUAUUCCUCAAUUAUAAUUUAAAUGUGCAUAGACUAACACAACCUUAAUUAGUUCACUUAUGCUAAUUUUUUUUCCCUGUCAAACUUAACUUUGAUUUGAUGAAAAUUAAAUUAUUGUCAGCAACAUAAUCAAAAAAAAAUUGUGUAUGCCAUUUUCAUUUUUUUUUUAUUGUAAGUAUUAGUAUUUAACUAUUUAUGUAUUGUAUGUCCGUAAUCACUAGCGCCAAAACGGUAACACUUUGAAUGUAUCAUGAUUUGUGCUUGUGUGUAAAAUAUGUACAAAAUAUGUUACAAAUUAAAAGCCAAGCAUUUGUACAAAUGAAA